GUCAUACUCCUCCAUUAACUCUCGAUCAGAAGAACCACUUCCUCUGUACCUUCCUGAAACACUAACCACAUUGAUAUAUCUCAGCACUUAUCAUCAAGAUGUACGAGUCCUACCGCCCUCACCCUCUUCUAGCCCAAGUCCCUUUGACCGUCUCCCCAUUCAUCAAUCUACCCACCACCGUCACCCUACCCUAUACAUACAAGUCGGUCCCGUCCACAAUUCCUCCCUCCGUGACCGUUGACCCCAGUAACCCCGACAUCAAGACCCGCUACGUAGUCUCCUCCAGCGGGGAGCACGCGGCCUCGCCCGAGGAGAUCCUCGCCUCGUGCAACGCCCUCGAGCAGCACCUGAACAAAGCUCGCAGCGACGCCGAGAAAGCGAUACGCGAUUGGGAGGAAUCGAUCGCGCAGCGUGACUUGGCCGAGAAGCGACGGGUCGCGCCUGGAUGGCUGGACCGUGAUGAGAAACUUCUCCAGCCGCUCAAUGCGGCCGGGUCGGGUACGCGCGAAGAGAAUCAGUCGAGCUUGCUGGACAGCUCGUCGGCAGCUGAUCCGAGUGCUGCUGCCUUGCCGUCGAUGGUGCCGCAUGAUGAGGGGGAGGAGCUGGAUCGGGCGUUUGGGGGAUUGAAUGUGAAAUGAGGGGUCGCUACUUGAGUCACGACUUGCUUGUUAAUACAAGCUUAUCGACGGGGACUCUGUAUACCAAAGAUACCCAAUACAACUCGAUGCUCUCGACGAGGUCAGUGUGCGAUGGUGUUCGCACGGUGGGACAACCAGAGGUCCCUUACGCGGCGCGCACGGGAGACAGCUUCGAUGCUCCGCAUCAAAUGCGGUCGACUCUGGAUUCAUACCAUCAACGCAUAAAAUGGGUUAAUCUGGAAGUCGCGCAUGCGCAUGUGAAUGAAACAAACUGGGAUGAUUUCACAGUUCACUUGGCAGUUCUGAGCGAGAGAGCCAGAAUCAAGUUCAGCGAAGGCGUUCACCGUGGGAGUAUAUAGAACUACACAGCGAGAAGCAAAGUCAUAUUCCGAC